AUGACAGAAGACACCAAGCCCCGCACUUUCAACCCCGAAGGCGUCCCCCUCCCCCCACCCACCUAUAACCACCUGUGCAUCACGCCUCUCAUCCCGGGUUCCGUCGAUCUCGUCACCCUGGCCGGGCUGACCGGCAUCGAUGCAUCCAGCAGCACCAACCCCAAAGCCGUCCCGGAGCAAGCUCGCAUCGCCUAUCAAAAGAUCAAAAUAUGCCUGGCAGCCGCAAACGCUACACCACGCGACAUUGUACAGGUGCGGCACUACAUUGUGAAAGUGACGGGCAACCCAGAGGUGGACAAACUGGAUGUUGUCGAGCGUGGGUGGGGGGAGGCUUGGAUUGAGUUUAUGGAUUCUGAGGCUGAGGGACAUAGGCCGCCUGAUACAGUGGUGGGCGUGGCAUGUUUAGCGACGAAGGAUAUCUUGUAUGAGUGCGAGGUUUGGGCAGUGGUUAGGAAGUGA